CUCCCUGAACGCAGCAGUCUGGCAAUAGAAACAGAAAGUAUUCAGAGUCACAAUAACUUCAUUCCAAACAAAUUCAAUUCCCUGAUUUCCUGGAGAGGCUUGCAGCUGUGAGUCUUUUACGUGAAGGUGAAACUUCAGAGGGAAACAUGAGCCAGCGUCAAGUCACUUCUCCAGCUCAUGUCAGUUACCAUGGGUUGCGUAAUCAGGGAGCAACAUGUUACCUGAACAGUGUGCUGCAAGCGCUGUUCAUGACCAAAGACUUCAAAGAAGCUGUCAGAACAAGUGAAAACCGUGAAGAUCGUAUCGAUCCGCAGCUCAAAGAUUUGUUUGACGGCUUAGAGAAAGUUGAAACGUCCACAUCCAGUCUGAUAAGAGAGCUGGGCAUCGACAGAGUGUGUGAACAGCGCGAUGCUGCAGAGUACUUUGAGAAGAUUUUACUGCGGACCAGUGAUGAGGCUUCACAGAUCUUCCAUGGAGGAUUGGACAAAAGGACCAGCUGUUCCACAUGUCAGCAGGAAACCAACAGCGACGCACCGUUCUGGUAUCUUCCUCUUCGAAUUGGGAAAGGAGACUGCAGUGUGGAGGACGGCAUCGAAGAGUUUUUCAAGGCUACAGAACUUCGAGGAGAUAACCAGAUGUACUGUGAAGGCUGCGAUGCCAAAUCUGACGCUACGAUUGGUUAUGUGAUGAAUCGUCCUCCAGAUGUUUUGGUUCUGCUGCUGAAGAGGUUCAACUUCAGUUAUCAUUACAUGGCGUACACGAAAAAUAACCAACCUGUGAGCAUUCCCGACUUCCUAGACAAGAACAUUACGCCUCUAAAGGGUUCAACAUAUGAGCUGUAUGCAGUGGUGGAUCAUUUUGGUGAUCUGAGAAGUGGACACUACAACACAAAAAUCAGGGUUGAAGACGACGGCGAACACAGAUGGUUUAACUUUGAUGAUACCAGCGUCACAGUGCUUGGUGAGAAUCCAUUCCAGGGGAACACUGUGAAAUCCCAGAAUGCUUAUCUUCUGUUUUACCGAAAGCAAACAGAGACCCAGACUCCUGAGAUCACCAGUGGAAGUUCGCCUCCAGAUCAAGCCGACGGCGGCGGCCGGUGUGAGGGUGCUGAUGGGAGCGGGGAGACGGAAGAGGAUGCAGUAGAAGUGAGGAGAGAUCUGGAUGGAAAACAAGGAGAUGAGCUGAAGGCAACGCAGCAGAGUGAGGACAAGGAGGGAAAGGUGGACGGUGAUGAGUUUAAGGAAAACAGAGAGGACGAGGCAGGUGGAGAGAGAGAACCGGAGAGCGAUCGUGAAGUGAGCGGCAGACGUUCAUCGAGCGACUCGCUUCAGAAACAAGAAGAGAGGAGUGAACCACGGAAGAGAAGAAUGGAUGCAGACAAGGACGAGGACGAGCCGGCUGAGGCCAAGAAGGGCAAAUCUGUGACCGAUCGCAGCGACGGCAGCGCAGAGCAGCCGAGUGAUGAAGGUUCAGGGAAAGAUUUCACACCUAAACCUGUGAGCGAAGAGGAAGAUGAGAACAGGGGAAAUACAGCAGCAGACACAGAUGGAAAGAUCAGUGCAGGUAAAGUAACAUCAGGGGAAAUCUCAACAGAUGAUCAGAGAAGUAAAGAGGACAUGCAGAAGGAACAGAGCCACGGUGACCUCAGUGUCCAGUCAAUCCAGCAGGAGCAGGAAGCCGGUCUGUCAGCUGCAACGCAAGAAGAUGAAGGAAUCGAGGCAGACGUGAAAGAAAAUGAUUUGGAGGAGAAGUCAUCAGAAAGUGGGGGGAGUCAAACAGAGAGGCAGGUGAGUGAGGAGACGAGGCGGGGGAGUCCCGACCCACAAACAGGAAGUCCGUAUUUAAUUGGGUUAUUAAUUGAGGAGAUAUACGGCCGUGAUACCGGAAAAAUCAUUAAAGCUGUUGUAGUCAAAGAAUUUAAAAUUCUACGAAAGAAUGUCUGUCCCGAUGUUACUAAACCAUUAAAGAUCAGUCAGUGAAACAAUCCUCCCUUCUAUUUGAUUUACAUUUCAGGAGGUGGAGCUUUGAUCUGUAAAAUACUGAAUCAAAUAAAAACUAAUAGUUUUAAGACAUGAAAAAUAUAAAAUAUUUUUAUAAAUUGAUUGUGAAAUCCCUUUGGCUGUGUCAUAAGCAGUGAUGGGUUUCAUUACUUGUCACUAUUCUGUGUCUUAAUGCCAUCAAAAAAUGUUGAUUUGUAUUUUUAUUUUUGUGUUUGAGGACAUAUACAAGAAAAAGGGAAUUCCAAUCUGCCUCUUUGUAGAGUUGUUCUUCUAAUUUUGUCAUAUUUUACUAAGGAGCUCCAUGGCAGAUCAACUCUUUCAGCAUAUUCAGACUGGAAGGAGCAGGCAAUUCAAAAUUCACUCAAAUGUUCUAACAGUAAUAUACAAACAUUACAACAUGUGCAUGUGAGGAGGACAAAGAGAAGAGUUUUAUUGGAGCAUUUCUCAUUGACGCUUCAUUCUUGAAAACACUGUUAAUAUUCCGAUAUGUGUGUUGAUGUUUUUUGUAAAAGUAUGAGUGUGACGGGUUAAUGAUGGGAUAAUAAAUGAUGCUCUGUCACUUCCAUACUGGUGCUGGUGGAACUUUCUCAGAC